AAAGUGUUGGUCGAGUUGGCCCCGGUAUUGAAGGAACAAUCAACGACCUUCGCAUUUCACACCCCGGCUUUGUUUCGUCGUCUUCAGCCGAGCCUGAUUUUAGCCCGACCCGAGACAAGAGCAGACGACAGAAUGGUGUGCCAAGCGAAAUCGUGGCUGACAUUGACAGUCUUCCUCCUUAUGGCUGCCCACCAUGUGAUGAGCGUGGAUACGAGCAGACGACUCCGCCGUAGGCGCGGACGCAGCCAAGCCGUUGUUUUACCACCGAGUCUACAGGAGAAAAUAGCAGCUAAUCCACUGAAGGACCAACCGAAUUUGAGUUCGAAGACACCGGAUUAUGACGAGGAUGUUAUCCGUGGCAGCCGUAAGGCCGUCACCGUCACCAGAAAAACUUACCUCAAAAAGGAAUGGUGUAAAACUGAACCGCUAAAACAAGUCAUCCGAGUUGAAGGAUGCUUGCGAAGUACAAUCAUGAACCGAUUCUGUUAUGGACAGUGCAAUUCGUUUUUCAUCCCAAAAAGUGACAAGAAAGACAUUAGUGGGAAUGCCGCUUUCAAAUCUUGUGGUUUCUGCAAACCAAAGCGAUAUUCACGGAUUACGGUGACGCUCCGGUGUCCUGGGAUGAAACCAAAGUUCCAGAGGAAAAAGAUCAGGAGAAUCAAACAGUGCAAGUGCAUGGCUCAAAAACUUGACUGAAUCCAUUCCUGGUGUUAUCAAAAUAGUGCAAGAUACCUUAAAAUCUGAAAACGACGGGAUUUUCCCUGCAUGCGACCACGAGUGCGUCUACAGCGGCUCAUCCGAGGACCGUCGUUGGAUUGUGACUAAAUCGAGGACGGUGUCGGGACAUCGCGCGGCGCCUGCUGAGAUUAGAUGCAUUAAAUCGGAGCUUGAGCGCGAAGUGAAGGACUUAUUAAACAAAGGUGCUAAUUUUGUUUGUUUGGCGAGUUGUUGCACUUCGUGUGAAAAUGGCAUGAGAAACUGACAUAUUGACAUAAUAAUUCUACCAAAAUAGGACAACCUGGAACAAUCGGGCAUCGUGUAGUUUCGCCUGGAAUAAGACUAUCCUCGAGUAAAUUGCCCAGGGAAGUUGUGCGAUAAUUUAAUUGAAUCUCAAUUCGUUGUAUGAUUUCGUUAGAUUUGGAUACGAACAGUCCAAUGCCAGAAACCAGUCAAGGAUGUCAUGAAUAUAGUGUCCUAAAAUGUCGCCUGAUUUCCUCAUGAUGCCAAUGAUGAUGCUGGUAGCGAAUGAAGACUGUCUUUUUUGUAUUUUUGCAUUUCGGUUUACCUACGAAUUCCAUGGGGUUUAGGUCAAAUCGACUGAGUCAUGUGCUAAACCCCGCUAGUUUUUUCAAGCGAAUUUGAGGAAUUAUAACUUUGAUAGGGUCCCUCUUUACCUGGACCACUAAUGAAUUUGUACAUGAGAUCGAAAUCCCAAGGUAAACAAUGCGAAUUGAAUUCAAGAUCUUGAGAUGGGCCCCAAUUGAUCGUUUAUCGAACGGUUUGGAGGCAGCCAAUGUUCUUGUAACAAGAGUUGGGCUGACUGAGUGGCGGGCCUUCUUGGCGCUGAGAAAACCUGGUUGCCAUUACGCCCCGGUAACAACUACACUUUAAUAAUGAUUGACUAAUUAAGAUAAGUGUUUGUUGGUGAAAUAGUUUUCAAUUAAUGUAAAUAUUGUACCUUAUAGAAAGUGUAACUAUGUUGUGGGUUCUGGAGGCGAAGUCAGUUGUCCUUAGACUGGCGCCAUGGAUCAUGAACGUACCGGGUAGGACUUUCCUUAAGCCAUUUGGUUUUGAUAGUCUGAUUUACAUCUCGGUUUAUAAAUCAUUGUUCCCAUGGGCGAAGAUUUCCUGUAAAAAUAGAGAUGUUUAGAAAAACCUUUGAAAUGUAAUCAGAAUUUAUCCAUGAAAAAAUAACUUCUUUUACUUCACAACAGGCGCGUGUGUGGGUAUAGGGAAGGGCCGGGGGUGACACGCUUACUCGGGAAGUGAGAAUGAGAAUGAAAGUCCUUUGAGCAGUAUUUAUUGAUAUCAAUUGCAUCCACGAUGUAUUAAAAUAUAGUUGUAAAUAUGAAGAUAUUGUGCUGUGAGUGAAUGUUUGGCAUUGCUUAAGUUUUGUAAAUAAACAGCAAGUAAAACUA